GGAUAUGAGACCUAAAGCUUGAUAUUGUGUCUGUGAUUCUGAUCGGCGAGAAUGGGUGCAGUAACAGUUGGUUCGGUGGUUGUUUCCGUUCUUUGUUGUGUGUUUGUAAAUUUGAUAUCUGAAAGCAGUGGGCAGCCAGACGGUGUAUUCUGUUAUGAUGAGAGAGGAAACUACACAGCCAACAGCAUCUAUAAAGCCAACCUCAACACCCUUUUAUCCACUCUCUCUUCCCACACACAAAUCAACUAUGGUUUCUACAACUUCUCUUAUGGUCAAAAUUCAGACAUAGUCAACGCCGUUGGAUUGUGCAGGGGAGAUGUUGAGCCAGAUGAGUGUCGCGCUUGCCUCAACCAUUCCACAGGCAAUCUCACACGGACAUGUCCAAACCAGAAAGAGGCUGUUCUGUGGUUUGACAAAUGCAUGCUGCGAUACUCGAACCGUACAAUAUUCGGCAUCAUGGAAACUGAUCCUCCUCUUUACUCGUGGUACGGAAACAAUGCAACCCAAGUGAAUGAGUUCAAUCAAGUGCUCUGGAACUUGAUGGCAAACCUCAAAGCCAAAGCUGCAUCAGGUGACUCUCGUCGUAAGUACGCCACCGGUAACGCAACUGCUUCAAAUUUUCAAAACAUAUACGGUUUUGUGCAGUGCACCCCUGAUUUGUCUCAGCAAGAAUGCAAUGAUUGCUUGGAUCUCGCUUUCUCAGAAGUCCAAACUUGCUGUAGUGGCAGGAGAGGAGCUAGAAUCAUGGCACCCAGUUGCAAUAUUAAAUAUGAUUACUACCGCUUCUACCAACAAACCACGGAGUUAGACCCACAACUACCACCACUUCCUUCAAAAGAAACCGGCAUCACAAUAGGAAUUGUCGUUGCCAUAGUUGUGUCUACUGUUGUUGUUGUUUUGCUCCUUUGUCUCUGCGGAUAUUUGAGGUGGCGGAAGGCAAGGAAAAAUCUUUCAGUUAAAGGAGAAGAAGAAGAUGAUGAGGAUGAAAUCAAAAUUGCGGAAUCAUUACAAUUCAACUUGGACACAAUAAGAGAAGCGACAGGAGAUUUCUCUGAUUUUAAUAAAGUUGGAGAAGGUGGUUUUGGAGCUGUUUACAGGGGUAGGCUCUCCGAUGGGCUGAUGAUUGCAGUCAAAAGGUUGUCGAGAGAAUCCAGCCAAGGAGAUACGGAAUUUAAGAAUGAAGUGCUUUUAGUGGCGAAGCUGCAGCACCGAAAUUUAGUAAGGCUACUUGGUUUCUGCUUGGAAGGAAGAGAAAGACUACUUGUCUAUGAAUUUGUUCAUAAUAAAAGUCUUGAUUAUUUCAUAUUUGAUCAAACCAUGAAAGCCCAACUGGAUUGGAAAAUGCGUUACAAAAUCAUUGGAGGUAUUGCCCGAGGUCUUCUCUACCUUCACGAAGAUUCUCGACUACGUAUUAUACACCGUGAUCUCAAAGCAAGUAACAUUCUCUUAGAUGAAGAAAUGAAUCCUAAGAUAGCUGAUUUUGGCUUGGCAAGACUAGUUUUAAUGGAUCAAACUCAAGCAAAUACAAGUAGAAUUGUCGGAACCUAUGGAUAUAUGGCACCAGAGUAUGCAAUGCAUGGACAAUUUUCAGUAAAAUCAGAUGUCUUCAGUUUUGGUAUACUUGUUCUUGAGAUUGUAAGUGGCCAGAAAAAUAGUGGCAUUCCUCACUUGGAGAAUGCAGAGGAUCUAGUGACCCUCGCAUGGAGAAAUUGGAAGGAGGGGACAGCAAUAAAUAUUGUAGAUCCAUCAUUAAAUAACAAUUCCCGAAAUGAAAUGAUGAGAUGCAUCCAUAUCGGCUUACUCUGUGUUCAAGAAAAAUCAUCCGACAGACCAACCAUGGCUACCAUUAUGCUCAUGCUUAAUAGCUAUUCUCUCAGCCUCCCAAUUCCUGCCGAGCCUGCAUUUUAUAUGAACAGUAGAAGCCUUCCAGACAUGCAGUCAUGGGAGUAUAAUUCAAGAGAAACAGGAUCAAGUGAACCGAUAAUUAAAUCAGCUCAAGAAUCAGAAAAUGAGGCUUCAAUUAGUGAGCUAUACCCUCGCUAGAUUUCGGUCAUGGGGUUGAGAUUCAUUCAUCAUCAAUGCUUUUGUUCUGGUCUUUAACUAAAAUACAACGUCUUGGAAGUCAUGUAAUUUGUUUCUGCAGUUUCUUGUUUAAAUUGUAAGAGAAUACUUUUGUUAAUUUUUUUUGUAUGUAGUUGCGUCUGUUAGCUGUCUGUUGUAUCAAAGCUUACUGAUCCCUUCCAGGGCUUCCAAUAAAUACAUCGAGUCCUCUUACUAAAUAUACCACGCAUCCUCUUUGUA